AAACUCCUCCUCCCCACAAUCCAGACCCACCGAUUCCGCCUCUGGGGCUGGAGGCAUCGGCGUCUUUCUCCCCUGUCUUUGGGGGCGCUUGUGGGGCAGCAUCCAUGGCUUUUGCUGGGCUCCCCCUGAUGCUGCUGGUCGGGGCGCUGGCCCGGAUCCCCGGAAGCGAAGGGGGGAAGGAGAUCCCCGCCCAUUUCCUGUACCAGGAGAAGGUUGAGUGUCGCUUCCUCAAUGGGACGCAGCGAGUGAGGUUCCUGGACAGGCACUUCUAUGACCGGCAGGAAUACGUCCGCUUCGACAGUGACCUCGGGAAGUUCGUGGCUGUCACAGAGUUGGGGAAGGAGGAUGCAGACUAUUGGAACAGCGAUAAGCAGCUCCUGCAGUACACGAAGGCCCAAGUGGAUUCCCUCUGCCGGCACAACUACAGGGUGUACAGCUACAAGGAUGAACGCGUGAUUGGCCGGAGAACCAAGCCCACCGUCACCAUCUCCCACACCAAGAUGGAACCCAACUCCCCCAACACCAUCCUCCUCUGCACCGCAACGGGCUUUUACCCCGUGGAGAUUGAGAUCCAGUGGCUGAAGAAUGGCCAGCCAGAGAAGGAGGGUGUGGCCUAUGGGGAGGAGCACCAGAACGGAGACUGGACCUACCAGCUCCAGGUGAUGCUGGAGACCCAUCCCCAGCGGGGGGACGUCUACACUUGCAAGGUGGAGCACGCCAGCCUGAAGGACCCCAUCACUGUCCAAUGGGAGCCCCAUACCUCCAGCUCUGCCAAGAGCAAACUCUGGACGGGGAUAAUGGGAGCUGUGAUAGGAGUGGCCUUCUUUGCGGUGGGGCUCUUCUCUUACCUGAAGGCCAAGAAAGCAAUUCCCAUCCAACCUCCUGCAGCACUCAUGAAUUAAUCCUGCUCUCUGAUGCAAAAGGAAAUUAUUUCUUUAGUAGCUGAUGAUUCUUUGUUCUGUUUGCAAUAUGUGAAAAAUGGAGGCUGAAGUGGCAGGUUGGGGAGAGGAGGAGAAUGUCAGCCUGUGUUAAGUCUUUCCCCGUUAGGAGACUAGAGUUCUGCAGCAGAAGUUGGUAACGAAUAAGCCGCUGAAUAGUCACUCACAGCCACCGAAGGCAAAACAAAGAAUAGCUUUACCUGCGUAACAAAAAUAGGAUAAAUAUUCUCCAGACAGACUAUAAGCAGUCUUGAAGUAUAUACACAGUCUAUUUACAAUACGUUGACUUUACAGUUGCUCAACUCACAAUUCACCAUGUAG